AUGAAGCUCCUGCGCCACCUCCUCACUAGCGCUGUCUGCGUCGCAGUCCUCAUCUCGGCCUCGACAACAUCGUCCGUGGCGGCCCAAGUGGCAGAUGAUGAUGUUUACUCCGGGACGGCGACGACAACGGACAAAGGCGUCUCGACGCUGCUCCGCGGCCCCAACGACAGCGACGACUUUGUCCUCGCCGGUUCGGAUGACAGCGACAACGACGAUAGCACCGAGGCCGUCCCCUACGACGACAUUGACGACGACAAUGACGAGGACGACGACGGAAUUUCGGACGACGAGUAUGUGGCAGCCGACUCCCGCCGCCUGAGGGCAGCAGCAAUCACCCCGAAGCCUACGACAGCGCCGCCAAAGGCCACAACCGCGGCGCCGAAGGCCACCACGGCGACGCCCAAAGCCACGACGGCAACGCCCAUGACCACGCCGCCAUCACCGACAAAGCCGACGGCGACCAACUCGACGGCAGUGCCGAAGCCAACCAACUCCACGGCGGCUCCGCCCAAACCGACGAACGCCACGGUGCUGCCUACCAACACACCGGCGGCUAGGAAGCCUUCGAACGCGACGGUGAAGGCCACGCCGGCGCCCACCCCCAAAGUGACGUCUACGCCUACGAAGACUCCGGCCGCGAAGUAG